UUUGUGUAGUUUAGUAGGUGGCCCCGCCAAAGAAGUACUCAGCGGCCGAAAAUGGCGCCCAGCUCGAAAUCAGAAAAGGAUGAAAACAAACAGAAAACACAGAGGAAACAUAAAGAGCACGUCGUCAAGCUCCUUAAUCGAGGAAAGUUAUCAGGUCAGCUGUCGCAGCGGUUGUUCCGGAAGCUUCCUCCUCGAGUGUGCGUGCCACUCAAAAACAUUGUCAGCGAGGAGUUCCUGAGAGCAGGGCACAUCUUCCUGGGUUUCACAAAGUGCGGCCGCUAUGUGCUGUCCUACACCAGUGACUGUGGCGAAGACGAUGACUUCUCCUUCUACAUCUACCACCUGUACUGGUGGGAGUUCAACAUGCACAGCCGCCUCAAACAGGUGCACCACGUGCGCUUGUUUGCUGGUGAGGAUAUCUACAGUGACCUCUACCUGACCGUGUGCGAGUGGCCCAACGAUCAUUCCAAAAUAGUCAUCUUUGGCUUCAACACCCGCAGCUCCAGCUCAGUCCUGAUGAACCUGAUGAUGAGCGAUGAGAAUAACAGGGACAUCUACAUCACCAUCGCCUCCAUGCCCCCCUCGAGACCCUGCGCCCAGUGCUGCCCCCCGCCCUCCUCCUCCAUACGCACAGGGGGCAGCGAGUGCCUGGAGCACGGCUUCGUGCUCAACUCGCGCUAUCAGGUGGUUUACCCCUUCCCCACCUUCCAGCCUGCCUUCCAGCUGAAGAAAGACCAGGUGAUCCUGCUCAACACCAGCUACUCGCUGGUGGCCUGCGCCGUGUCCCUCUGCCCAGCUGGGGCGCAGGGCGAGUCGGGUCAGAUCCUGUACAGGAAGCGGGCGUCCCGCUCUGGACCACCCCCCACAGGGCCCACCACCUCUGCUCAGGGUUCCCCCGACCCCACUCUGGACUCCGCCCAGCCUUGCCCCGCCCCGGCCUCUCCCUGCCAAUCGCAGGCGGCUGCCAGGGCCAGAGAGUUCGCCGCCGACCUCUUCAGGAGAGCGCAGGGGCGAGGGGCAGAGCCGGAGAGGGGCCCCGAGGCGGAGGGGAGGAGGGCCGAGCGGACGGAGGCGGAGUCUGGGGAGGGCGAUCAGAAUUGGGCGGAGACUAAAGCGAGGGAUGCGGAGAGGAGGGGGCGGGAUGAGGCGAGGGCGGGGCCAUCCCUCCGGGCGUCGGAGCCGCAGGGUCCCGAAGAUGGUGCCCGCUCCCACGGCGCGAUGAUGAUGUCACCGUCCUCCGCUUCCUCUUCCUGCCUGUCCCCCCGCUCGCCCCAGGAGCCGGUUUCCACAGAGCCGGGAUACGUGAACUACACGCGGCUGAAGUACUGCUUACCGCAGCCUGGAGCCCUGGAGCAGGACACCGAAUACGAGGAUGACAAAGUGCAGCUACCCUUCACUGUGACCGACCUGAAGGGCCGCAGCCUGCAGCUCAUCCCCGGACAGAGCCACAGCCAGUGUUUGUGCGUGGAGCAGCUCACUCUGGACUUUGAGUAUGUGAUUAACGAGGUGAUCCGGAACGACGCUGCCUGGGCCCCCCAGUUCUGCUCCUUCAGCGACUACGACGUGGUCAUCCUGGAGGUGUGUCCGGAGACGAACACAGUGGUGAUCAACAUUGGGCUCCUGUUGCUGGCCUUUUCCAAUGCUGAAGAGGAGCACUGCAGGCCCAACACGUACCACUCCAGUGUGCAGGUGAGCUGGGACCUGAGCACGGGGGUGUGCCGCACCGUGGGCAUCGGUGACCUCACCGAGCUGAAGGGUCAGACCAGUGGCAGCGUGUGGAGCUCCUACAGGAAGUCCUGUGUGAACACGGUGAUGAAGUGGCUGGUCCCAGAGAGCAGCUCCCGCUACAUAAACCGCAUGACCAACGAGGCCCUGCACAAAGGGUCGUCCUUGCAGGUGCUGGCUGACAGUGACCGGGGCACCUGGAUCGUCCUGUGAGAGGGAGAGAGUCCUAGUGACUCGUGCACAUUUGCACACACACAUGUACACACGCAGGCACACGCGCAUACACAGACGCACACGUACCCAUGCGCAUACGCAGGCGCACACACACAUACGCAGACACACAUGCAUGCAUGCGCAGGCACACACACACGCACACACAUACGCCCGCCAGGCACAUACGCAGGCACACACAAACACACAAACAGCCAUGAACACACACACACUCACAUCUCUUUUUGUCCUCAUAAGUGGGCCCAGCCAUGGUUCUGGUGCCUCAUGCUGGUAACCGUAGUUCCUGCUAUUAAUAACCCAUUAAAUACGGUCCCUUAUUGCAACUGAAUUUUCAGUGGUAAACUGUUGGGAGACGGUAACGCUGGAUCUCAGCUCUCCUGUUCUUUUCCCCGUUUUGAAGCAGACCCGGGAUUUCAGAGCAUUCGUUUAUUUCCAUCUUCCUCAGUUGAGAGUGGCAGUUGGUUUGUGCCAUAGAGAGCAGUGUGUGUACCGGGUGCUGCAGGCAGGUGUGUACAGGCAGUGUCCUGUACUGUGUUCACACUGUCACAUCUGUGUGUGUGUGUGUGUUUGUGUAGUGUAUAAUGUGUUUGUGUUGUGUGGUGUGUAGUGUAUGUGUGUGUGGUGGGUGCGUGUGUGUGUGGGGGGUGUGUACGUGCGUGUGUGGGGUGUAUAGCGUGUGUGUUUUCGUAGUGUACAGUGUGUGUUUGUGUGUGUGCGUGCGCGUGUGUGCGUAUGCGUGCAGACCCGUCAGUCUCUCAGACUCUGCUGCUGAAAGCCAUCCUGGGAUGUGCCUCGCCCAGCUGGGCUCUCAAAGCUGCUUUUGCUGCCCCCUUUGGUUCAGUUCAGUCUGCUCCUCUGUUUUAGAGAAAUGGGCUUGACGUUGUUUCUGAAAUAUGUAUUUUUUUAAUGUAUAUAUGUGUUUGAGGUCACCUGUGGUUCUGCUGCAGUAGAUUCCGUUUCGCACGGUCGGUCUGUCCACCACUGUCUCUGCAGCAGUGGAGGUGAUGGCGUACUUCAUUUGAUUCGAUUUUUUGUUAAUAUUUUUAUUAAAAACAAAAUGCAGAUUGGAGAUGA